UUUUAGUGACGUCAUUUCCGGCGACUCUCCGUCGCGUCCGGCGUGACUCGUUGGUUCCGGCGAGCGGCGAGCGGGGGUGAAAGUGACUUUGAGAGCUGCCAUGGCAGAGGACAUCCGGGCCAAGCUGGGCCGCUACAAGACGGCGCCGUUCGACAGCCGCUUCCCCAACCAGAACCAGACCCGCAACUGCUGGCAGAACUACCUGGACUUCCAGCGGUGCCAGCGCGCCAUGGCCGCCCGCGGCGCCGAUGCCACCCCGUGCCAGUGGUACUUCCGCGUCUACAAGUCCCUGUGUCCCACCUCGUGGGUGACGGCGUGGGACGAGGCCCGCGAGGAGGGGAUCUUCCCCGGCAAGAUCUGAGCUGUCCCCAGCCCGGUGGCACCGGGGACAGCGGCACGGGGGAGGUGACGCCGCGGGGGAGGGCUGGGGACACGGCUGUCACCCCCCAGGGAGGGGACGCGCGGUGGCACCGCCAAUAAAGGGUUCAAAACUGG